AUGAGUGCCCUGUGCUUAAAAGUAAGAGUAAAGGAGGAAAGGGUCUUUGUGUUAAACCAGCAGGCUUUUGUGGCACCAUUGUUGAAUUCUGUCAGCCUGUCUUCUGAAGGAUCUCCUAGAGCAGUUAACCAGUUAAAGGAUGGAGAUUAUGCACCUUUUAUUUCUUAUGGGCACGUGUCGCUGGUUGGCAAAGAGACAAAUGUUCCAGUAACGAUACUGAGGGACACGGGAGCAUCAGAGUCUUUUAUUUUGCAGGAUGUGCUGCCAUUUUCCUCUGUGAGUGAUACCGAGACUAGUGUCCUUAUUAGAGGAAUUGGGUUAAAUAUCCUAUCUGUCCCAUUACAUAAAAUUAGGUUGUCAUCUGAACUUGUGAAUGGAGAAGUGGUGGUUGGAGUGCGUCCAUCGUUACCAGUGGAGGGGGUGGAUAUCAUCCUGGGAAAUAAUUUGGCAGGGGGGAGGGUUUGGCCUGUUACCUUUUCACCUCCUGUGGUUUCAUCUUUUCCUCUCCCAGGUCCUGAUGAGAGCAACAAGAGUUUUCCACAGGAGCAGAAACUUGAUCCUUCUCUCCAUACAUUGUUUGAGAGUUUGAUGUCUCCUGAUGAAAUUAGGCAUGUUGCUCAAGGUUAUUUUUUGCAGGAUGGAAUGUUGGUGAGGAAGUGGAUUCCUCAUGGAAGUGACUUUGCUGGCGAUCCUAUCUUGCAGGUGGUAGUUCCAGAGAAAUAUCGAUCAUUGGUGUUGGAGAGUUCCCAUGAUAAAUUUGCUGGACAUUUUGGGGUAAGAAAGACUUAUGACAGAAUCCUUCGUCAUUUUUUUUGGCCUAAAUUGAAGAAGGAUGUGUCUCAAUAUAUCAAGACGUGUCAUACCUGUCAACUAAUAGGCAAGCCCAAUCAGAAGAUCAAACCUGCUCCAUUGUUUCCGAUACCUGCUGUUAGUUCACCUUUUGAGCACUUGAUUAUUGACUGUGUAGGCCCACUGCCUAGAUCAAAAUCAGGUAGCAUUUUAUUUGCUCACUGUGAUGUGUGCAUCGACUCGGUACCCUGCGGCCCUAUCCCCUCCGUUUUGAGACUGUUGCAUAUUAAGCACAAUAAAUCUAGUGCUUAUCAUGCUCAAAGUCAAGGGGCAUUGGAACGGUUCCAUCAGACGCUGAAGUCCCUGCUGCGUGCUUAUUGUACAGAACUGGGGGGUGAUUGGGAGCAGGGAUUGCCGUGGUUGAUGUUGUCAGCACGUGAGGUGAGCCAGGAAAGUACUCGUUUUAGUCCCAAUGAUUUGGUGUUUGGACACACCGUUCGGGGACCGUUAGCUGUGCUCCGCGAUAACUGGACUGAAGUAAUAACACCUGCCCAUCCCCCGUUCGUACGCAGUGACGGCUCCCCGCUGGUGGGCCGGGCUUGUCCCCCUUCCGAACUGCUGGUCGAGCCCUCCCGUCCGAAUCGCAGUGAGAGCCUGCCUAUCUUAAUCAUCAGCGGACGGCCACGCUUGUGUCGCUGCAAGGGCUCCCUGUUCGUUGGGCCGAGCUUGAGGCAGGGCUCAAGAAGUUUUUCUGCCCUGUCACUCUCGGACUGCAGCGAUUACGAUAUCGUUAAAGCGGCGGUUUUAAAAGCUUAUGAGUUGGUACCAGAAGCUUAUCGACAAAAAUUUAGAACGUUGUGUAAGGGUGAAAAGGAGGCUCAUGUGGUGUUUGCUAGAGAGCUCACUACUGCAUUUAAUCGAUGGUGUAUGGCAUCUGAGGUAACCACGUUUGAAGAGUUGUCUAACUUAAUUGUGCUUGAACAGUUUAAGAACUCUGUACCUGCUCGUAUAGCAACAUACAUAAAUGAGCAGAAAGCUGAAACAACUGCUAAAGCUGCUGAGUUGGCUGAUGAUUAUAUUUUAACGCACAAGAGUAGUUUUGAGUUUCGGAAAAGAGAUGAUACUUUUGAAGAUAGAUUAGAUCAUAUGCCCAGGGAUUCAUCUCUGAUCUGUAAUUACUGUCGUGGUAAAGGCCAUUGGAAAAAUGAGUGCCCUGUGCUUAAAAGUAAGAGUAAAGGAGGAAAGGGUCUUUGUGUUAAACCAGCAGGCUUUGUGGCACCAUUGUUGAAUUCUGUCAGCCUGUCUUCUGAAGGAUCUCCUAGAGCAGUUAACCAGUUAAAGGAUGGAGAUUAUGCACCUUUUAUUUCUUAUGGGCACGUGUCGCUGGUUGGCAAAGAGACAAAUGUUCCAGUAACGAUACUGAGGGACACGGGAGCAUCAGAGUCUUUUAUUUUGCAGGAUGUGCUGCCAUUUUCCUCUGUGAGUGAUACCGAGACUAGUGUCCUUAUUAGAGGAAUUGGGUUAAAUAUCCUAUCUGUCCCAUUACAUAAAAUUAGGUUGUCAUCUGAACUUGUGAAUGGAGAAGUGGUGGUUGGAGUGCGUCCAUCGUUACCAGUGGAGGGGGUGGAUAUCAUCCUGGGAAAUAAUUUGGCAGGGGGGAGGGUUUGGCCUGUUACCUUUUCACCUCCUGUGGUUUCAUCUUUUCCUCUCCCAGGUCCUGAUGAGAGCAACAAGAGUUUUCCACAGGAGCAGAAACUUGAUCCUUCUCUCCAUACAUUGUUUGAGAGUUUGAUGUCUCCUGAUGAAAUUAGGCAUGUUGCUCAAGGUUAUUUUUUGCAGGAUGGAAUGUUGGUGAGGAAGUGGAUUCCUCAUGGAAGUGACUUUGCUGGCGAUCCUAUCUUGCAGGUGGUAGUUCCAGAGAAAUAUCGAUCAUUGGUGUUGGAGAGUUCCCAUGAUAAAUUUGCUGGACAUUUUGGGGUAAGAAAGACUUAUGACAGAAUCCUUCGUCAUUUUUUUUGGCCUAAAUUGAAGAAGGAUGUGUCUCAAUAUAUCAAGACGUGUCAUACCUGUCAACUAAUAGGCAAGCCCAAUCAGAAGAUCAAACCUGCUCCAUUGUUUCCGAUACCUGCUGUUAGUUCACCUUUUGAGCACUUGAUUAUUGACUGUGUAGGCCCACUGCCUAGAUCAAAAUCAGGUAGCAUUUAUUUGCUCACUGUGAUGUGUGCAUCGACUCGGUACCCUGCGGCCUAUCCCCUCCGUACGAUCACUGCCAAAUCGGUUGUGAAGGCCUUGACUCAAUUCAUUUCUAUCUUUGGCAUCCCAAAGAUUGUGCAAAGUGAUCGAGGUUCUAAUUUUACGUCUCAUUUGUUUUCGCAGGUUUUGAGACUGUUGCAUAUUAAGCACAAUAAAUCUAGUGCUUAUCAUGCUCAAAGUCAAGGGGCAUUGGAACGGUUCCAUCAGACGCUGAAGUCCCUGCUGCGUGCUUAUUGUACAGAACUGGGGGGUGAUUGGGAGCAGGGAUUGCCGUGGUUGAUGUUGUCAGCACGUGAGGUGAGCCAGGAAAGUACUCGUUUUAGUCCCAAUGAUUUGGUGUUUGGACACACCGUUCGGGGACCGUUAGCUGUGCUCCGCGAUAACUGGACUGAAGGUACACCGCCUCAGAAUUUGUUAAGUUACGUAAGUGACUUUAAGCGGAGAUUGUAUGAAGCGGGUAGGAUGGCAAGAGAACAAUUGUGUUCCUCGCAGGGACGUAUGAAGACACUUUACGAUCGGCGAACUGAGAAACGACAAUUUAUGCCUGGUGAUCAAGUGCUGGCCUGGGUAGAUAACAGCACCGCUCAACCACACACACCCACCAUCUUCACCCCACCAGCCCUCACCGCCUUCCAUCCGGAACCCUCCUCAUCGCUGGUCCCGUCCAGCCCCACCGAGCCUGAACCCUCCUCAUCGCUGGUCCCGUCCAGCCCCGUCAAGCCUGAACCCUCCUCAUCGCUGCCCCGCCGAGACCGCUUCACUGCUGGUCUCGUCCAGCCCUGCCCAACCCGAGACCGUCCAGCCAGAGGCCGAGACUGUGAUCCCACCCAGCCUCCCUCUCCCACCUCCUCCUAUCCAUCACGUGUUCACCGUCUCUCCACCACUGCUUGGCAGCCCCACUGCUUCCCCGGAGUGCUUCGAGGAGGUAGAAUCGUCGUGGGUCUGCUGGCCACCAACUCCAUCUGGGUCAGGGGAUCCCCGGUCUCCUCCUCGAACCUCUUCGACCUGGUCUCUGCCGCAGCCCUCUGGUCCAUUACCUCCACCAUGGCUCUUACCUCCCUCACCUCCGCCAUGGCCCUUCAGCCCACCGGCUCCUCCAGGCUUCCUCGUUCCCCCAGUUCCCCCUUGGUCCUUCAUCGACCCGCCCUCACCCGGGGACUACCCUCCUCUGGCUUCGCCUCGUCGCUGCGUCCUUCGGGUUCAGUUGGGCUCUUCUCUCCCUCCAGGUCCACCUUGGUCCUCGGUCGCUCUGGCUGCGCCGCGGUCUUCAGGAUCCUCGUCUCGGCCUCCGUCUCGCCGGAGCCGUUUGUGUCGCCAUGUCCCUCCAGCCUUUCUACAUCGCCCAGUCUCUGUGGCUCGAUGGCCUCACCCUGGUCUCCUUCGUGUGAAUCUGGACUCCUCCUGUUCCUUCUGCCUGCUCCACACCCGUGA